CAGGAGAUUGAUUCUAAAUAACUUAACUAACAUAACCAACACCUAAAUCUGUUAGCAUGUAUGGAGCUUGUGGAUGGUAUUCUUUUUACUGUCAAAUGAUAUUAAUGAAAAUGCGUUAUAAGAAGUUUUCAUUGGAAGGUUAACCUCAUCAACCUCUUAGUUGUUUUGUGACUUGGUGAUGAGUCUAUCAUAAUAAAAAAUAAUUUGAAAGAAAAGAAUAUAUAACUUUCUUUUCUUAUGUGCAAAAUCGGAAUAAUUAAUUAAUUAAUUAAUAAUGUUAAUGCUAAAAUGCUUAUUCUUUCUGGUAUUGGUAAACUUGUCACAUAACUAAGCCUUCCUACAUCAAUUUUCUAAUAUUCCAUUCGAUAUGUGUAUGUUAUUACUUGGACAAAACAAAAAUGACUCAACUCUAUUUUCAGAUUAACCAAACUCAAUUGUCAAUCACAGAACAUAACAGAAUUUCACAAUUUUCCAUUGCUUCUAAACGAUGUCGUUUUUCACCGGUUUGAUCAUUGGCCUAGCCAUCGGCCUUGUCUUAGUCAUCGCCUACGCUCGAGCCCAUAAUGCUAGAUCCAUGCGUCGUUCUGAUCUGGCAAAAACGGUGGCUGCUUUUGCAAGAAUGACCGUGAAAGACUCAAAGGCAAUCCUUGGACCUGAGUUUUACCCUCCAUGGGUCGUUUUUACGCAGCGUCAAAAGUUGAAUUGGCUGAAUCAACACCUUAAAAAACUUUGGCCGUACAUAAAUGAGGCUACAUCUGAUCUCAUAAGGAGCAAUGUGGAACCAGUGCUUGAACAAUAUAGACCUGUUAUUUUAUCUUCACUCAAGUUCUCCAAAUUGACCCUUGGUACAGUGGCUCCCCAGUUUACAGGAGUUUCUAUAGUUGAAGGUGAGAGUGAAUGUAGAGGAGUGACUCUGGAAUUGGAGAUUCAGUGGGAUGGUAAUCCAAAUAUAGUACUCGAUGUUAAGACCAGAGUUGGUGUUAAACUACCUAUACAGGUGAAAAAUAUUGGAUUCACUGGUGUUUUCAGGUUAAUCUUCAAACCUCUUGUUGAUGAUUUCCCUUGUUUUGGAGCUGUUUCUUUUUCCUUAAGAGAAAAGAAAAAUCUGGACUUUACACUUAAAGUUAUUGGUGGUGAUUUAUCAACACUUCCGGGAAUUUCUGAUGCUAUUGAGGAAACCAUACGAGAUGCUAUUGAAGAUUCUGUAGCAUGGCCAGUGCGUAAAAUUGUACCAAUUAUACCUGGGGAUUACAGUGAUCUAGAGUUGAAACCUGUUGGAAGAUUAGAGGUGAAGCUUGUACAAGCCAAGGAUCUGUCAAAUAAAGACAUGGUUGGGAAGUCUGAUCCUUUUGCUGUGUUAUUCAUACGUCCACUUCGCGAAAAAACAAAAAGAAGCAAAACAAUUAAUAACCAACUGAAUCCAAUUUGGAAUGAGCAUUUCGAGUUCAUAGUUGAGGAUUCAUCUACUCAGCACUUGACAAUAAGGAUAUUCGAUGAUGAAGGUAUUCAGACCUCUGAACUCAUUGGGUGUUCUCAAACUCCUUUGAAGGACCUCGAGCCGGGUAAAGUGAAGAAUAUUUGGUUAAAAUUGGUGAAGGAUUUAGAGGUCCAGAGAGAUACAAAGUACAGGGGUGAGGUGCAAUUGGAACUCUUGUACUGUCCUUUUGGCACAGAGAGUAACAUUAAAAAUCCUUUCAAUCCUGACUAUGCAUUGACUAGUCUAGAGAAAGCCUUUAAGAGUGGAAUAGCUACUCAGAAUCAGAAGAAGGAUGUGAUUGUAAGAGGUGUACUUUCUGUGACUGUGAUAUCAGCUGAAGAUUUACCCAUAAUGGAUUUGUUGGGAAAAGCCGAUCCUUAUGUUAUUCUCACAAUGAAAAAGUCCGGUACAAAAGUCAAAACUAGGGUUCUUAAUGAAAAUUUGAAUCCAAUAUGGAAUCAAACAUUUGACUUUGUGGUUGAGGAUGCAUUGCAUGAAAUGUUGAUUUUGGAAGUUUGGGACCAUGACACUUUUGUAAAGGAAAAAAUAGGAAGAGUGAUCAUGACACUUACGAUGGCUCUAUUGGAAGGAGAAUUUCAGGACAGUUUUCCGUUAGAGAAUGCGAAAUCUGGAAGACUCAAUUUGCACUUUAAGUGGACUCCUCAGCCAAUAUUCCGAGACAAAUAAUUGAGGAAAUUAAAACAAUGUGUAUAUAUAUGAUAAUAUAAAACAAUAUCAAUAAAAAUAAAUUAUUAGUUUUCUGGAAAAAGGUAAUUAAUUUUAAAUUUAAAAGAAAAAAUGAAAGAAGAGCAUGUAUCAUUACUAAGUGCCAACCAAUUUGGUACAAAGAGAAUGCGCUUUUCCUUA